AUGAAGUCCCUACAGCCGCGUAGACUUUUAAGUCUACUGUUACCUGCUCUAUUCAGUACACAAUAUGCUCAAGCCGCAAUCACCCUCGACCUAACGAGCCAGGACUCGAUCAAGGCCGCCGCAAGAACUGCCGCAGAAGGUAUGAUGCGAUACUACACUGGCGACCGACCUGGCGAUAUUCCAGGAAAUUUACCACAGCCAUACUACUGGUGGGAGGCUGGCGCUAUGUUUGGAGCCAUGAUAGACUACUAUUAUUUCACCGGAGACGACCAUUGGAACAAUGUUACUAUGCAAGCCAUGCUGCACCAAACCGGACCCGACAAUGACUACAUGCCUCCCAAUCAAACGAAAACAGAGGGCAAUGAUGACCAGGGUUUCUGGGGUAUGGCUGCUAUGUCCGCCGCCGAGAACAACUUCCCCAACCCUCCAAGCAACAGAGCGCAGUGGCUCGCACUCGCUCAGGCCGUUUUCGAGACCCAGGCCAGAAGAUGGGACAAUGCGACCUGCGACGGAGGCCUAAGAUGGCAGAUCUUCACCUUCAACAACGGAUACAAUUAUAAGAACACCAUUUCCAACGGAUGCUUCUUCAAUUUGGCUUCGCGCUUAGCCGUAUACACCGGCAACCAGACCUAUGCUCGCUGGGCCGACACAGCUUUCAAUUGGACGGAUAGCAUCGGCUUGAUCGACGACAAUUGGAAUUUCUUCGACGGGACUGAUGUCAAUCUAAGAUGCAAAGAGUUUGAUCAUCUCCAGUGGUCGUACAAUGCUGGCGUGUACCUUGCGGGCGCGGCAAACAUGUACAAUUUCACCGAAGGUUCAGACGUCUGGCGGAGACGAAUUGAAGGUAUCAUCAGCAACCUGAAAUACUUCAUGCCGGACGGCAACAACAUUAUCUCGGAAGUCACCUGCGAACCUCUCGGGAACUGCAACAUUGAUCAGCGCUCUUUCAAGGCAUAUCUCGCUCGGUGGAUGGCCAUGGCUGCUGUCAAGGCACCUUUCGCAUACGAUGCGAUCAAGCCCAUUCUCGAAGAUUCUGCUGCCGCGGCCGCUAGGUCAUGCAGCGGAGGGGACGAUGGCAAUCAGUGCGGCUUGAAGUGGACGACGUCAACGUUCGACGGCAGUGUCGGUGUUGGCGAGCAAAUGUCGGCGCUCGAGGUCAUUCAAGCGAACCUCAUCGACUAUGUCGAAGGCCCAGUAACAGCUGACACUGGUGGCACUAGCUCCGGUGACCCGAACGCGGGAGCGGGCAGUCGAGUUCUCCCAGGAGACCUUAAUCGCAGCGUCGUAACAACGGGUGAUCGGGUUGGCGCAGGCUUCUUGACUGUCCUUGUCAUCUGCUUUGUCGCAGGAGGUGCCUGGUGGCUGAUCUCAUGA